CGCAGUUGUCAGCUACCACGAACGUCUCCAGACCGCCGUGCAACAUGUUCAUGGCACCGCGACUUCGCUGCACGUUGAAGCUACCCCUUGCGGCUCCGUCUCGCCCCGCGCGUCGUGCUUUACACCUUGCGCCACCGUGGCUUCUCGAUGACUAUAUACCGCGCUAUCACCUAAUAAGUUCCAUUGACGCAUCAAAGAAACGAUCCCAAGCAUACGCACAUCUAAAUAACUGUAAUCUGUGUCCAAGACUGUGUGGGGUCAAUCGCUAUGAGAAGACAGGCGUUUGCUUGAUCGGCGCGGAAAAGGUCACGGUCAACACGGUUGCGCCGCACUUUGGAGAAGAACCAUGUCUCCAAGGCCACAAUGGCUCUGGUAGCGUCUUCUUCUCUGGCUGCAAUCUGCGAUGCGUAUUCUGCCAGAACUAUGACAUCGCGCAUCAGCGGAACGGGUUUGACCUCACCCCCGAAGAGCUCGCUGAGUGGUACAUGAAACUGCAAGAUGUUGGCAAAUGCCACAAUAUCAACCUCGUCACACCCGAGCACGUCGUACCGCAAGUUGCGCUAUCAAUUCUGCACGCACGUGAGCUUGGUCUGCAAAUACCCAUCGUUUACAACACAUCCUCGUUCGAUUCGUUGGAAAGCCUGAAGCUGCUGGACGGGCUGGUGGACAUCUACCUGCCAGACUUCAAGGUGUGGAAGAAUAGCACAAGUAAGAGACUACUAAAAGCAGACAACUACACUGAAACAGCUAUGGAGAGUAUCAAGGCAAUGCAUGAACAAGUUGGAGACCUCUGCUUUACAGCCGACGGCAUUGCGAAGAAGGGCGUACUGGUACGUCAUCUCGUGAUGCCCGGCAUGGAAGAUGAAGGUAAAGAGAUCAUGAGAUGGCUUGCAGAGAACGUGUCGAAGGACAUCAUGGUGCACAUUAUGGAGCAAUACUUUCCCCGUGCCCACGUCGGCAAAGAACGUCGCAGCACCAAAGACAAGGGCAACAAAGCCAACGUUGCUGAGCUUGACGGCGUGCAAGUCUCCGAGAACACAAAGAAAGACAAGAGAUACGCAGAGAUCAAUCGCCCGGUUGAUUUGAGCGAAGUCGCAUCUGUUAAGAAGGCAGCUGAGGAAGCUGGUCUAUGGCGGUUUGUGGAGGCUGCAAAGCAUGGCGGUUUCAAUAUCUGAUCGUUGCACGCGGGGUCAAAUUUUCUAUCUUUACGUGUUUUGCGGGCGUUGUUCUCUCUAUGAUUGAGGCAGGCACAGGCUGGCUCUUGCCCGCAUCUG